UGCGGUAGCAGACGUCCACGUCGCACCUACAUUUAUUUACCGCUUGCUAUGUCGUUCUAAGAGGAUGUCCUGUAUUAUCAUCCUGUUCUAGAAUAGGUCAAAUGUAAAACACAUCAAAUUCACUCGCCGGGAAGACUGACCACGAAUUAUUAACAUAAUUGCUCAAUUUGUGUGCUCACAGAACCAGGAUAUGGGGCCAUUUAUGGACGUCCUGCAUCUAUCAGGAGUGGCUUUCAUAGAAACCAUUCAGAGGCAGUUCAAGGGUCAGAGUGAAUUGAUGUUGUUUCUCUCCCAUCUUGGAGAUCCGAGGGCUGCAUUUUUGUUUUACUUUCCACUGCUCUACUGUCUCCACAACAGUGUGGGAAAGCGUGUGAUCUGGGUUGCUGCAAUAUCAGAAUGGUUGAAUGCUGUGCUCAAAUGGAUAUUAUAUGGACACAGGCCUUACUGGUGGGUCAAGAUAACAGACCUGUAUGGUAUAUCACCACCACACCUAGACCAGUUCAGAUUAACCUGUGAAACAGGACCAGGAAGUCCAUCUGGCCAUGCCAUGGUCACUGCCAGUGUAUGGUAUAUUAUCAUCUCUUCACUGCUACAUUAUAAACUGGGACAGGGAGCACAUUCAAGACUGUGGAAGAUGAUAGGUUGGAGUUUUUUUGCUGCGUUUCUUUUUACUGUGAAUGUGUCUAGAUGUUUCAUCGCCACACAUUUCCCCCAUCAAGUAAUUUUUGGAACCGCUGUAGGUAUAAUGGUAGCAGUCAUCUUCAGUAGAAUCUCAACACACGACAUGACCCUGAUACACCACGUUCUAGUUGGGGUAUUCCUGCUUGUGUCUGCCAGUGGUCAGUUCUGGAUAUUUAAUGUCCUGGGACUUGACCCCGCCUGGACUUUACCGCUGGCUCAGAAGUGGUGUGCACAGUCAGCUUGGGUGCAUUUGGACACCACGCCAUUUGCAGCUUUGGUGAGGGAUGUAGGCGCUCUGUUUGGUUUAGGUAUGGCCAUCAAGAUGGAGAAAGAAUUCAAGGAGUGCAAUAUAGUACGCACUGCCAUCUCCCUACCACUUAGUCUUGCUCUGUGUCAGGGGUCGGACUACGUCAAAGGUCCCCAGGGAUCCAUAUUAGUAUUUUAUGCUUUCACUUUUAUCAAAUUUCUACUCUUGCCAUUCCUUGUUGUAGCAGUGAUACCAAAGAUAGGAGAUUUCUGGGCCAAACAAAUGGCAAGAUGUUCAAGUCAGAAGAAAAAUGGUUGA